AUGCUAUUCAUGCCUAUGAUAGCUUUCCUGGAACUCCACACUGUCUCAAGCUCAGCAUUACUAGAAGCAGAAAAAGGCAAUGCUGAAGAUACUUUCGAUGUUCCUAAUACAGAAGUAUCCAGAAAUGAAUCAUCAAUAGCUAAUGAUACUUUGACUGAUUACAACACUGAAGCAUCUGAAAAUGAAUUAUCUGUUUUGAAUGAACCCUCAAAGGAAAGAGGUUUCAAAGCUAAAUAUUCUUCUCAUGCCCGGUAUUUAAAAAAACGAAGAAGCAUUAACAAGUGUCGACCAGAAACCUUGGUAUCUCAAAUGACACUAUCAAAAACUUUGUGUUUCUGUUAUUUAGGGCUAAUUUAUAUUGAAGAUCAGUUUACUCUGUCAGAUGUUAUCAGGUUUGCUAAUGAAGGCAGAAUUCCAUACUUUAAUGCAGCAGAUUGUUUGCCAUCAACGAUGAAGUUACAGUAUUUUGACUACAUUUGUUUCACAAAGCAUACUAGUCCAGAUUUGUGCAAAUUGUCAAUGAUGUGUGCAAAAUUGGUCCAAUUUCUUGAUCUACCAUCAUUCAAAAAUCGUUCUUUGUUACCUCUUGUUUGUCGUUAUGUAAAAGAUUUAAAUCUUUCUAAUGAUUUGAUUCCUGUUGUGAAAAAUCUGCUUGCUAAAUUUUCUGAAAAUCAUGAUGAGUGGUAUAAAAAACCUCCAAGUAUGAGAUCAAAAUGUUUCUCAAUACCUGUAUAUGAAAACAGAGCAUUAGCUUUCAUCAUAAUUGCUUUGAAAAUGUUAUUCGUUCUUGAUGGAAACUUUGAAAAGGAACAUAGUAAUGUCAUGAUGAAAAUCAAUGCAUUAAACCAAGGCAAUAAAUAUUUUGUUUGGAAUGAGUGGUAUCAACAUUGUGCUGUGAAAGAAUAUUUAUUUAUCCCAGAAAGAAUUUCCUUUCCUCGAUUCCGAAGAAUUGAUUAUUUAAGUGCUGAGCAAAUCAUAUCUAACCAUCCAAUCUCUGAGCUUAAGCCACCUAAUGAUGAUGCUAGUGCUAAUAAAAGAAAUAAACUUGCCGCAAAAUUUGCCAUCAAAGAAUUGCUGUUUAAAGUUGCUGAGAUAAGUAAAGAAAAGCCUAAGAUCCCCACUGUGUUUCCUCUUAAAAGCGAAGUAAAACAUUUCCUGUCAACAUGGGAGAGUAUGGCUGCAUAUAAGGACAAUGAUGGAUCUAGUUUUACCAUUUUAAGUAAAGACUUUUCCAGCUCAUCUCUUGACUAUGAUAUAUCAUUCACGGAAUCAGCAGAGGAUAUAAAAUCAUUAUUGAUUUCAACUCUGUACAAAUCGGUUCGGAAUAUAUCUGUUGGUUAUUCAUCUGUUACUUGUGAAGAAAUGGUUAGAACUACUUCUAAAUAUUGGUUUAAAAAUUAUACUCAACGUGAUGAUAACAGUAAGACAGAAUUCUUUAAUAAAUUGCCAAGCACAUUCCGUUGGCUGUUAAGUUUUCUAAGCAGAUACAUUUGCACAGAAAUUGGAGACUUGUACUUUGAAGUUGUGAGGAUUGAGAAAAUAUUGUUUUUUGGAAAAGUAAGGGUUUUUGAAUAAAGUUCAAAUUGUGAUAUUAGUUGUAAGCUGUGGUGUACUUACUGAAGAGAGGAGAGCUCUCUUAGAUAACAAUAAAUUAAAUCCAUUUAAACAA